AUGAGCCGGAUUGAUAAAGAGAAAAAUAGCAAAAUGGCUGGCAGGAUUCCACACCCCACACUGAAGGGACCGAGCGUCGUGAAGGAGAUAGUCAUCGGGAUGGCGCUCGGCUUGGUCGCGGGUGGCUUUUGGAAGAUGCAUCACUGGAACGAGCAGAGGAAAGUAAGGGCAUUCUACGACAUGCUUGAGAAGGGCGAAAUCAGUGUCGUCGCCGAAGAAUAG